UUCAAACGUUUUAUAUUCUUCGGCUUUGUAGCUGAAAUUUGUUAGGCAAAGAUGGAUGCAGGUGCACAUAGUACAAAAUAGGUCGAAUUUAGAACAGCUGUUCCUGGUUGAACAAGGGUCAUCUCAUGUUCACAAUUACAGACGUGUCACAAGUUCUGUGCCCGUGGUCGUAUUUAUAAUUUAGUGGCAGUUGCACGUCGCCUGGAAUGGGUUCCUCUUCCAGUAGACAGGGUGGUCGUGCAGAACAAUCCAGAUCUGGGAAUGAUCACGAUUAUAACAGACCAGCAUUACGGCAUUACUAUGAUCGGGUACCUCUUACUAAAAGCACGUCUCCACCAGAUUAUAAAUUUGAACAUUUCAUGAAACGCUGUCUUGAACUACAAGGUCAGAAGAAAAAUCUUGAAUCACAGAUCAGAGUGGAGUUGGAAACCUGGAGAACGAAAGCUCGGAAUGGUGAACCAAGAGAUGAAUGCAGACGAAAUGUUGUAGGAUUACUAAGUCAGCUCAAGGCUUCGCAACUAGCACAGGAUGAACUGAUCGCAAAAGAAAAGCAUCGACUGGAUGCAUUUCGAAACGUUGUCAACGAAGAUACAACAGAAAGGUUGAAGAUGCGACUUGAGUUUUUCUCACAGUUGAACAAAGAGCAUGAUAAAUUGUUGUGCUUGUUUCGUGAGGACUCCCAAGAAUGUAAAGCCAUAUGUAAGAAAUAUUCUGACGUCCAAAUAAGGAAAAGAACUGGAUGUAAGUUUGAGUCGUGGCUCAGAUGUCCUCCCUGCACUUCGUAUGACUACGGUAGUUUGGGAAGCCUUUGAUAGUUAUGUC